AUGAGUGGGGAGUGGGGGCGCCUCAUCCAGACCCUGAUCUGGGCUGUUUGGAUCCUUGCAGCCGCAGCCAAGGGGCCAGCUGCUGGUGCACCAGUGAGGAGCACCAGGCUGGGAUGGGUCCAGGGGAAGCAAGCCACUGUGCUGGGAAGCUCCGUGCCUGUGAAUGUGUUUCUUGGGGUUCCCUAUGCUGCACCCUCAGUAGGACCCCUGCGAUUUGCAAAACCUAAGCCAUUGCCCUGGAAGGACUUCCGAGAUGCAACAUCCUACCCUAAAUUCUGCUUCCAGAACACAGAGUGGCUGGUCUAAGAUCAACACAUUCUCAGAGUGUAUUUCCCCAAAUCCGGAGCAUCAGAAGACUGCCUGUACCUCAACCUCUACGCACCAGCCCACGCAGACACUGGCUCCAAGCUGCCUGUCAUGCUGUGGCUCCCUGGGGGCGCCUUUGAGACUGGCUCAGCCUCCAUCUUCAAUGGAUCCGCCCUGGCUGCCUGUGAAGACGUGCUGGUUGUGUCUAUCCAGUACCGGCUCAGAAUAUUCGGCUUCUUCAACACAGGGGACCAGCAUGCUCCAGGGAACUGGGCCUUCGUGGACCAGAUGGCCACUCUCACCCGGUCUCAGGAGAACAUCGAGUUCUUUGGUGGGGACCCCCACUCAGUGACCAUCUUUGGUGAGUCAGCGGGAGCCAUAAGUGUUUCCAGCCUUGUUCUGUCUCCCAUGGCCAAUGGCUUAUUCCACAGAGCCAUCAUGGAGAGUGGGGUGGCCGACAUCCCUUACCUGAAGGCCCCUGAGGACGAGAGGAACGAGGAUGUACGUGCAUUGAUUGCAAAUACCUGUGGUUGCAGUGCAUCGGACUCUGUGGCCCUGCUGCAGUGCCUGAGGACAAACUCCUCCAAGGAGUUGCUGAGCAUCAACCAGAAAACCAAGUUUUUCACUCCAGUGGUUUUGAUGGUUUUUUUCUUUCCUGAUGAGCCUAUAGACAUACUGAGUCAAAAAGCAUUUAAGCCAAUUCCUUCUAUCAUCGGAGUCAGUAACCACGAGUGUGGCUUCCUGCUGCCCUUGAAUGAGUUUCCUGAGAUCCUCGGGGGUUCCAGCAAGUCCCUCACCCUACGCUUGAUACACACAGUCCUGCACAUCUCUGCCCAGUAUUUAAACCUUGUGGAAAAUGAGUAUUUCUACAACAAGCACUCCCUGGUCGAAAUAUGCAGUAGCUUUCUGGACUUGCUUGGAGACGUGUUCUUUCUGGUCCCUGGGCUGCUCACUGCUCGAUAUCACAGAGAUGCUGGUGCACCGGUCUAUUUCUGUGAGUUUAGGCACCAACCCCAGUGCUUGAAGGACAUGAAGCCAUCUUUCACCAAAGCUGAUCACUCUGAUGAUAUCUGCUUCAUCUUUGGUGGCACCUUCCUGAAGGGUGACAUUGUCAUAUUUGAAGCAGCCACAGAGGAGGAGAAGUUGCUGAACAGGAAGAUGAUGAGAUACUGGGCCAACUUCGCUCGGACGGGGAAUCCUAAUGGGGAAGGUGUGCCUCUGUGGCCGAUCUGCAGUCAGACGGAGCAGCGCCUGCAGCUGGUAAACGUGACCACGGGACACAAGCUAAAAGAGUCAGAGGUGGAGUUUCAGACGGUCCUCCCCCUGAUAAUGUCCACUUCCGGACCACUUCUCAGCCUCUUCCCUCUUAACUCUUCCUUUCUCUGCUCCUACCUUUCUUCUCUUUUACUGCUUGAGAAGCUGCCCCUGUGUGGUCUGGUUUUCCUCCUCCUUCUGCAGUUUCUCCGACAAUCAUUAGCUUCAUUCUGUGUUAAGCUACUUUGUGGAAUCAGCUGCUUUUGCUGGUGUUUUGUGGACUUGGGAUGAUCCUUAUUAGUGAAUUCAUUUAACAUCAAAAAUUACAAUUUGCUUUGGAAGGCUACCAGAUUUCUUCAGUAAGUCUGCAGGAGGACUGGCCUAUUCAUUGGCAUAAUAAUCAUCUUGUUACCUGGAUGAAAUAAAAUUGGAAUAUAAAAAAUGUACAGGGAACAGAAUUUAAUUCUGUGCUGAAAACUCUACUCCCCCUGUAUCCAAGAUGAAGUGGACCUACUGUCAGAGAAGGUGUCGGUGUGAGUUACCUGAAACAUGAGCUCUCCAACUCCAAUCCAGGUGCUGGUUUCAGCCACAGUCAAGCAUGGUUGUCCUGAAAGUCACUGGCUUGAACUCGGUCUCUUCUCUGGCUCAGGAUAUAUAUAUAGGAUGAGGGCAUGCCUGAGAGCCUCCUUAUCAGCAUUGAAAACAAGACAUCCUACAAGGUCAGGAACAUGGAAGUCAAAUGCCAGGCAGCAAGGUCAGGUCAGGGAUACCAAGGAGAAAAUAUGUUUCCUUGCUGGGAUCUAGAUUAAUCCACCAUUCAAUAAAUCUGUAUUGGGUGCCUUCUAGGUACCAGGAAUAUCCCCACUGGGGGUGCAUUGGUGAAGAAAGAUAUGCUCUCCACCAGUGGAAAGCAAACAUUCACACAAGUGAAACCAGUGAAUAUCUUAUGAUGUAAAUAUGAUAAAUUCACUCAGGAAAAGUAAGUUUUAAGAAAGUAUAACUGAAGAAUGUAAUUCACAUUUAAGUUUUAGGAGGUUCUCUCCAUAGAUAUAACUUUUAUAUUAUGAAAGGAUGGAUUAAGUUAACCGGAUGAUAGGUAGGGAGAAUGUGGUACAUAACAUCAUUCAAAGGAUGUACGUUUACUUUUUAUAUCCAUAUAAUCCAUAUUGUAACCACACAAUCCCUGUUAUAUCCAUACAAUUUACCAGGGUAAUUAGCUUUUCUUUGUGAUUGCUUCAAGACUACACAUGAAGUGCAUAGAAAUAGAAAGGUUUCUGAGAUGUCAGAACUUAAGAGUUUAUCUGGGUCAGAGACCUACACUCAUAGCCUAUAGCCUGAAUCUACCCCUGAGCAUAUUUUGUUUAACUCCCCCAGGGUCAAUUUUUUUUGGACAUAGUUUCCAGCUUCUUUUAAAUUGGGGGAAUUUUACAUUAAAAGCUGUAUUUCCAAUUUCUCCAGAAAAAAAAGAUCUAAAAACAUUGGCGCCUCAUUCUCACAUGGUAUCCAGGGCUCUGACAGCCCAUACAGCACCUUUGUACAAAUUAGAAGGUAUCAUUUCCUUAAAAUCCUCUACAUACAUCUUCUAGGGAGCUGUCAUGGAUACAUACCUGCAUCUGUGAUGUGAAUGACACCUCCCCUGAAGUAGUGCCCUUGUGCAGUGCAUAACCUGCUCAACUGUUUUCAGUGACCCUGAUGGAGCAAUGUGUAGGAACCCAGUACUGGCUACCCGCUUUACAAAAGCAUGAGCUCUCAACUGUCCACAGGCCUCACUAUUCCCCUUUGUCUUGUUCCUAAGCUUAUUUCACUUAGUGAUGUUACCUGAUCCCUGAAAGUGAUUAAUUUGGACUCUAGCUUUGCAUUGUAUAGUAAUCGAUGGAAAGGUGAAGGGGUUCACCAGAGAUCACCCAGAGAGUCAGCAGCAAGCCCAAACCAGGCCUUGAGAUGCUUAUCCCCCCUGAGCAGGACUCUUCUUACCAAGCUGCUUGCCUCCCUUGGCAGAUGGUCCAAGGCUGUUGGAUUGUCUCUGGUUUGGUGGUUGGGGGAGGGGUCAACCAAUGAUGCUCAGGUCACUUUCUGGCUCUAGGAAGAGGAUCCAAGCCACAUGUGUGCAAGCUGGAAAGUCAUUUGUUUCUGCAGCUGUGCAAGGCUAAUUUCUACACUGGUAUUUGACAAAACUAACAGCUAGAAAACACCACUCAACUCAUUUUUAAAAAUUCUAUCAUAUUAAAUGGCCAUACACAUAUCAUUUAUAUAGUUCUUGCAGUCUCGACAUCCUCAACUAUGAUUCUAAUUUGGUAGGUGUCUUGCAAGAAGGAGCACAUUUCCCAUCCAGACACAGGGCCUUCUCCCCUCCUUCUACCUGUCCCCACACAAUCUGAUGUUUUAUUGCCUUAAAGUUGAAAUAUAAUGUCACAUAGCACGCCCCCUUUUUUUUAAUUCAGAGUUUUCUAUCAGGGAUGUAAGUAUGGGAAUCACUUGAAGGGCUUUUCCAAAAUUCUAGUGCCCAGACCACACCCUAUCCCAUAUAUGUUUUCCAAAUUGCUAGAGGAUCUUACAAAAAAAAAAUCUGCUUCCUGUCUGCCUGAUAUAUCACCAUCUCUGCAGCCAUUAGCCUGCUCCCAGACAUUCAUGAGCAUAAUUUAAUGUCAACUUUUUAAAGUUAUUUCUGUCAUCUGUAUUUGCAAGAGAAGAUGGAUUGGGCCAAAGGCCAUGCCUUUUUUAAAUUACACUUCUUACAAUCCACAAAUUCACUUCCCUAAAGGGUCAUAUUACUUCAUACUUACCAGUGACACGGGUACAUAAUAUUUCAC